UCUACUGUAAAUACAAAAUAAAACAAAACAUUUUUCAUUACAGUGAACUCCUACUCCAUGAGUUUAAAAUAUCACAACAUUUAACUUUUGUUAUCAGAUGUUUGUUUUCUUUUAGAGUUAGUAUUGUAUGCUGAGACACUUGAUCCUUCUCAGUCCAGUGAGCCCCAAGAUGGAUGAAACGUACUGUAUGUCACCCAAUUAUUGCUAUUUCAGCCUCAGGAGGGUAUUUUCAAAGCAGCACAAGGAUGGUGUUAUUUUCGACAGCUAGGGAAGAACAAGGGCACGACUGGUAUGAUGGAUGAAGCUGUAGAGGUAUCAGCUGAUAGGAACUCCCUUAUAAAAGCUGUUUAUCAAAGCAGACUUCGCCUCACAAGACUGUUGUUAGAAGGUGGAGCAUACAUUAAUGAGAGUAACGACCGAGGUGUAACACCUUUAAUGAUUGCUUGUAAGACACAGCAUGUGGACCAGCAGAGUGUUAGCAAAGCAAAAAUGGUUAAAUAUCUGCUGGAAAAUAAGGCAGAUCCAAAUAUACAGGACAAAUCUGGAAAGACAGCCUUGAUGCACGCUUGCUUGGAAAAGGCUGGCCCUGAAGUGGUUUCUUUGUUGCUGAAAAAUGGAGCUGACCUAAGUCUGCAAGACCAUUCUGGUUACUCUGCACUUGUUUAUGCAGUAAACUCUGAAGACCGAGAGACCCUGAAAGUUCUCCUAAAUGCUUGUAAAGCAAGAGGAAAAGAAGUAAUCAUCAUUACAACAGACAAGUCUCCAUCUGGAAAACAGACAACUAAACAGUACUUAAAUGUGCCUCCUAAUGACAUUGAGGAAUGCCAUUCUCCAACUGCCUGCACUUCCCCAUCAGAAAUAGAACUUAAAACAUCUCCACUUUCAAAUUCACGUGAAACAGAAAAACCUCUUUUUAGCUUUAAAGAUCCAGAUCAGCCUGGAAGCAUGGAAAAUAUAUCUGAGCCAGUCUCUCCUACUAGAAAACCAAAUUUAACACAUGUAGGACCCAAGCUGGCACAAGUACAGCGUCUGCAUUCUGAGUCUUGGAUAAAAAGCUCUCUGUUCCAUCAGAAUAAAAUUUCCUCUUUACAAGAAGAACUUCAGGAUAUAACUCCAGAGGAAGAACUGUCUCUGAAAGUCAAUGGUCUAGCCUUAUCCAAGAGAUAUAUUACUAGACACCAAAGCAUUGAUGUAAAAGACACUGCUCAUUUGUUGAAAAUCUUUGAUGAAACUGGCUCAAGAAAGUUGUCAUAUGAGGAGAUAAAUUCUCAGUCACUUUAUGCUGAGGGAAACCAUAGUCAGAGUGAAAUUCCAGUGGAUCAGGAUUCAGAUUCAGUGCAAAUGAGAUUUGUUUCAACCCUGAGAAGUAUUAUUCAAAAAAGAAGUUUAGGGGCAAAUCACUACAGCUCUGAUUCUCAGCUAACUACUAGUCUGAGUCCUGCUACCACAGAAGAUAGCAAAUCACUUCUAGGAAAGAAAAAGGUUCUCUCUCCUUCUCCCUCUUUGUUAUCAAGUUCCAGAGAAUUGCUAGAGAACAUGCCUCCUGGUCCACUGAACAGGAGAAACCAUGCUGUUUUAGAGAGACGAGGGUCAGGAGCCCUCUCUUUAGAUCACAUUGCCCAAACUAGGCCAGGUUUCCUUCCACCUUUAAAUGUGAAUCCUCAUCCUCCAAUUCCAGAUAUUAGUUUUAGUAACAAGAUUUCUGGAAUUGUUUCUUUUGGACAAAAAACCCUAAUUCCAACAGCACCUGCUUUUCCCAAGGAGUUCAAAAGUAACAAAAUGUUGGUAAGGAGGCAGUCAUUACAAACUGAACAGAUUAAGCAACUUGUGAAUUUUUAACACUGUACUAAAGUGUUAAUAGAUUUAUACAACAUGUACAUACUUGCAGCUUUAUUCAUUUGGAAUAAAUAUUCCCCAAAGCAGAGAGCCCACACAAGGUCCUCUGCACCACAAAGGCCCUUAAUAUGGGAUUCUUGGAUGGACUCUGAGAUGAGUUUCAUCUUAGAUUUAGCAGAUAAGUGUGUUCAGCUAAAUUUACUCUGCUGCUAUAAUCUGCAAAGUGACAAAUAAUAUAUUUUCACCAUAUUUUUCAUAAUAGAAAACUAAAACACUAUGGGCCUGAUUCUCUGUGGCCCCAUACUUUGAGUCAUUGACACAAAACACUUAUUCUGAUUUGGCAGCAUUUUACACCCAGUCUGUACUCACUUUGCACAGAUAUAAGUGACUACAUAAAAUGCAGGGCAAUAGAGAAUUAGGCUAUAUGAUAGCUAUUCUCUACCUACAUUGAUGGAACUAUUAUCCGAAGCUGAUUAGUAGGCGUUACAAGCCCCUAAGGAAUAGAGAAUGGGCUUAAUGUGGGAAAAUUAUACAAAAUAGCUACAAUUCUGAAAUAAAACAGACUACAAAACUGAUACAAAAUAAUGCACAAUUCAUGUUUUUAUUAAACCGCUUCAAUUUAAAAACAAUCAAUAACAUAAUAUUUCUGAAUUAUUGAUUUUUUUUUAAAUACUGCAUAUUCAAUAAUGGAGUAACUUAUUAAACAAAAAUGGAUAAAUGUUUCAUCAUGAGCUGGACUAAAAUGUCUUACUUUAAGAUUUCCAACAUGUAUGUUUCUUUCCCUCUUAAAGUUCAGUCUCUGCUUAUGUCCUUUAAUACAAAUCUUACGGAUACUCUAGGUUUUGACUCUUAUUUGGCACUUCUAUCACCUCAGUUCUAAAAGUCUAUACAUUUUAAAUUUGUUUUAUUGUCACAUACUUUAUACAAAUGAAUCUUUUAUUCUUAUUAACAUGGUGGUUGUGAAUUACACUGAAA